AUGGGAGAGUGCCCGGUCAAUCACACCAAGUCCGCCAACGUCGCCGGCGGCGGGACACGCAACAUUGAUUGGUGGCCCAACCAGCUGCGUCUCAACAUCCUCCGCCAGCACACGGCCGCCUCCGAUCCUUUCCACAAGGAGUUCAACUACGCUGCCGCCUUCAAGUCUCUCGACUACGAUGCCCUCAAGAAAGACCUUACCGACCUCAUGACAAACUCGCAGGACUGGUGGCCUGCCGACUUUGGACACUAUGGUGGUCUCUUCAUCAGAAUGGCCUGGCACAGCGCCGGCACCUACCGGGUCUUUGACGGUCGUGGAGGUGGUGGUCAGGGACAGCAACGCUUCGCUCCUCUCAACAGCUGGCCCGACAAUGUCAGUCUCGACAAGGCCCGCCGCCUGCUGUGGCCCAUCAAGCAAAAGUACGGCAACAAGAUUUCUUGGGCCGAUCUCAUGCUCCUGACGGGCAAUGUCGCCCUCGAGUCCAUGGGCUUCAGGACCUUUGGCUUUGCCGGUGGUCGCCCCGACACGUGGGAGGCCGACGAGUCUGCCUAUUGGGGUGGCGAAACAACAUGGCUGGGUAACGAAGCUCGCUACGCCCACGGCCAGGAGGGCAUUGCCGGCAAGGGAAUCGUCUCGGGCGACGAAUCUAAAAAGAACCACACCGACAUCCACAACCGCGACCUCGAGUCCCCUCUUGCUGCUGCCCACAUGGGUUUAAUCUAUGUCAACCCCGAAGGCCCCGAUGGCAACCCCGAUCCUGUCGCUGCCGCUCGUGACAUUCGCGUCACCUUUGGCCGUAUGGCUAUGGAUGAUGAGGAGACGGUGGCCCUGAUUGCCGGCGGUCACACUUUUGGCAAGACACACGGCGCUGCCCCGGCCGACAAUGUUGGCGCCGAACCUGAGGCGGCCUCUAUCGAACAGCAAGGCUUUGGCUGGAGCAACAAGUAUGGGUCGGGCAAGGGCCCAGACACCAUCACCUCUGGCCUCGAAGUCAUCUGGACUAAGAACCCUACCAAGUGGACCAACCAGUUUUUUGAGUACCUCUUCAAGUACGAGUGGGAGCUCACCAAGUCUCCAGCUGGUGCCAACCAGUGGGUGGCCAAGAAUGCGGAACCCUUCAUCCCCGAUGCCUAUGACCCCAACAAGAAGCACCUCCCGCGUAUGUUGACCACCGAUCUAUCUCUCCGCUUCGACCCCGGCUUCGAGAAGAUCUCUCGUCGCUUUUUGGAGCACCCUGACCAGUUCGCCGACGCCUUUGCCCGCGCCUGGUUCAAACUGCUCCACCGUGACAUGGGCCCUCGGUCGCGCUGGCUCGGCCCCGAGAUCCCAUCCGAGGUUCUUUUGUGGGAGGAUCCUCUGCCCCCUCUUGACCACCCCGUAAUCGACAAUAACGAUAUUGCUGCCAUCAAGCGCGAGGUUCUUGCCACUGGUCUUGCGCCGCAGAAGCUCAUCUCAACCGCUUGGGCGUCCGCCUCUACCUUCCGUGGCAGUGACAAGCGCGGUGGUGCCAAUGGCGCACGCAUCCGCCUGGCUCCUCAGAAGGACUGGAAGGUCAACAACCCUGCCCAAUUGGCCGAGGUCCUUGGAGCCUUGGAGGACGUGCAGAAGAGAUUCAACGAGCAGGCUACGGGUGGCAAAAAAGUGUCGCUCGCCGAUGUCAUUGUCCUGGGUGGUGUUGCUGCCCUGGAGCAAGCUGCCGGUGUGUCGGUGCCAUUCACCCCCGGCCGCACCGACGCUUCUCAGGAGCAGACUGAUGUCCAUUCGUUUGAGCAUCUCGAGCCAUACGCCGACGGCUUCCGCAACUACGGUCAUGGCAAUGACCGCGUCAAGACUGAACAGUACCUCGUUGACCGGGCCCACCUCUUGACUCUAACGGCACCCGAACUCGCCGUGCUUGUUGGCGGUCUCAGAGUCCUCGGUGCCAACUAUGAUGGCUCCGACCAUGGUGUCUUUACUGCCCAACCGGGCAAGCUCACCAAUGAUUUCUUUGUCAACCUUUUGGAUCCCAACACCGAGUGGGCCAACGUUGAUGGCAAGGGUGAGGUCUUUGAGGGCAAGGACCGUGCGACUGGCCAAAAGAAGUGGACCGGAACUCGCGCCGAUCUCAUCUUUGGUUCCCACUCUGAGCUCCGCGCCAUCGCUGAGGUGUAUGGCAGUGCUGACGGUCAGGAGAAGUUUGUCAAGGACUUUGUGGCGGCGUGGGAUAAGGUCAUGAACCUUGAUCGGUUUGACCUCGAGCAGGGUGCUGGAUCGAGCCCUAAGCUCUAA